AUUCUUCUGUUUGAUAAUGCGACAAGAAACACUUUAAGGUCCAAAUAUGCAUUAGAAAUCCUCAUCUAUGGCUGAUAUUAGUUGGUACCAGCCCAACGGAAAAUGUUUAGAUGGGUGUUCCGCCUCGGACGAGAAACCCAUAUCUUUGUACUCUUUAGCUGACGUUCAGCUGAGGUUUCUCUGUCCAGAAGACCUAGAUGAAGUGAGAGCUCUAUGUCAGGAUUGGUUUCCUAUUGAAUACCCUUUUUAUUGGUAUGAACAAAUUACCUCAACUAAUAGCAAAUUCUAUUCCCUAGCGGCCAUUUACAACCAACAAAUCAUAGGGCUGAUUGUAGCCAAAAUCAAACCCUACUCCAAUCAAAUAGAGGACAAUGAGGGGAUCCUUGCCAAAUCAUUGUCUGACUAUGACAUAGCCUACAUUUUGUCUCUAGGGGUACUCAAGCAGUAUCGCAGAAAUGGUAUAGCAUCCUUAUUGCUUGACUCUUUUCUGAAGCAUCUACUGAUGCCUGAGAGAAGGAAAGUCAAAGCUGUGUUUUUGCAUGUUUUGACAACGAAUUCAGCUGCCAUUUUGUUCUAUGAACAGAAAAAAUUUAGGUUACAUAGCUUUUUACCUUACUAUUAUUCUAUUAAAGGAAAAUGCAAAGAUGGGUUUAUGUACGUGUUGUAUAUAAAUGAUGGUCAUCCCCCAUGGACAAUAUAUGAUUACAUAAAAUUCAUGUGUGGUAAAGUGAUAAAUGGAGUGGGAAUAUUUCCUUGGAUGUUCUUCAGACUGAACAAAAUGCUACACUGGGUGUGGAAAGAGCAGUCUAGAGACCUGCAUGAAGAACAUUGAACAAAUCUCAACUAGUCUUUGCCAUUGGAUUGUUUGUGGCCCAGAGGCUUUCCAAAAAUUCAAUAAAAAAUUUUGACUGUAUCAAACAAUGGUGAUUUGUGAUCCAAAUGAUGCAAACAUUGAAGCCAAAGAACUUACUGAUGAUUAUUCAGUAGGCAUGUUCCCAUUUUGACUUGGUUUGAAAUAGUUUUUGUAUUUCAAGUCCAUGGAAGCUUCUGGGUCACUACUAGAUUUGAAAUUCUAUGAAAUUAUUUGUUAUACAGUUUUGUACAAGAUAUUUAUAUAAAGUUUGUAUUAUAUUUUCGUUAUUUACUUUUGUAAGUAUAGAUUGCCGUAAAUUUUCUGCUUGGUUUAGUUAUUUUAUGAAAAACAGUAUUAUUUUGUUGAUAUUACAGUAUGUACAAGGUGUUGAGAUGAUAAUAAGCCAUAAAAUUCUGUCAUGCACCCACGUUUUUUCUACUUUCAAAGAAAGAAUAUUUUUUUUUGUAAAUAUUGUUCAAUAGGUACCAAAACUGAGGAAUAAUUUCAGUUCAAAUACCAAAAAUUUAUAGUUAUAGCACACUUAAUUAGGUACCUAUGUGAGAUGUUCACCUAAAUAAAAUAUUUAGCACAAUUUUUACUUCUAUUCAUGUAAUUUGUUCAAAGAAAAUGAUGUAAUAGUUGGUCAUCAGGGUACUAUAGUUUUUGUUUUAAAUAAUUUCUAUACAUUUUUUUCUCGAAAUGUUUCAACAUAUUUCUCUUAUGUUUAUGAUAGAAAACACCAAUAUAUGCCUUAGCACUUAUUUUUUGCAGUGUCUAUGAAGCAAAUGUCUUUUUCUGUGGCAAAAACAACAUUCAGUCUGAAUUUUGCCAAUAAUUCACUACUUAUUUUAUGUUAUUACAAAGUAAUUGUGAGCUAGUCAACAAGAGCAAAUUUAGAAAGAUGAAGAAGUUUCAAAUCUGAAAUGAAAAUGUAUAUUGCUGAAUUUCAUGGUAUGGUAAAAUAAUCAAGAAAUUUGUAUUAGCAUAGAGUAUUAGGAUAGAUUUAUUAAUUUGAUAUAAAUUCAUAAUUCAAAUAUGUAUAAAACAAAAAUUGUUUGAAUCUUCCAGGACUCCUAUUUUUCAAAUGAUGCCAAAGCAGUAAUAAUUUUGCCUAGCUAGAAAAAUGUUUAUUGAAUCUUUUUUCAUGCAAGGUUAGCUCUAGUGGAAAAAUACAUAAAGCUAGGUAAUUUAAAUUCAAUUUAUUCUAUAGAAAUCCCAUGAGUAUACCUACAUUUAUACCUAUGUGCAACUUUUAUUCUACUGAUAAAGUUGUAUUGCCUGGCCAAUUAAAGAUCAAAAUCUGUACAACAUCUAUACCUACCUAUACAUGAUGCCUAUACCUAGUUUCCUAAUGAUAUUACUUAUAAUCUUACUUAUAACCAUAAAUCCAGUUUAUGCUUUCAUUCAAUUAAAUACG